AUGCGAGAGGGUGAGCGGGUGAGCGGGCGGGCGGCAGGCGGGCGGCAGGCGAGCGGCGCCGCACCGCGCCGCGCCGACGGAGAGAGGGAGGGGGGCGCCGGCCGGGGAGGGGAGACCGCAGCCGCAGCCGCCGCAGCCGCCGCCGCCGAGCGCUCUCCGGCGCGCAACUCCUCCCACGAACGGGAGCGCGGGCCGUCCCCGGAGACGUACGGGCUCCGGCCCGAGAGCGCCGACAACUUCAUCUUCACCCUGCACGAGCCGCAGGGCAAGCAGUACGACCCGCGCGCGCGGGACCUCAACGUGACGGCGCUGCUGGCGCGCCUCGGCGCCCACUUCGACCCGAGCUACAUGAGCGUGCACAAGCCUCCCAACGCCACGCAGCUGGGCUUUCCGCAAGCACGGCGCCGGGCGGCUGGCCCCAGCGCCGAACGCGGAGAUGCCGCCUUUCCUGCGGCGCAUGAACUUCCGCUGGCUGAAGCUGCCCAACGGCACGCGCGUGCGCACGCACGUGUCGCCGCGCCUCCAGAAGAAGCUACAGCACUUCCUGUGGGCGUGGACGGCGUGCCCGGUGACGCACGCGUGGCGCGACUUAGGCGUGCGCUACUGGCCGCGCUACGUGCUGGAAGGCUCCUGCAAGACGACGCGCAGCUCGUGCUCGGUGCCACCCGGCAUGAAAUGCGCGCCGUCGGAACGCGUGAUCAAGGUCAUCCUGCGGUGGCAGUGCUCGCCGGCCGGCAGCGCGUUGGCACUCGCGACGAGCGACAGCGGCGGCGGCGGAGGAGGAGGAGGAGGAGGAAGCGGGGGCGGGGGUGGCGGCGCCGGCGCCGGCGCUGGCGCCGGGGCGUCAGCCGCCGCCGGACUGCACUGCCAGUGGAUGGAGAUCAACAACUUCCCCAUCGUGACCGGUUGCUCGUGCGGCUGCCCAUCGCAGAACGGAAGCUAGGCCGGCGGCGGUCGCUCCCCCCUCAGCCAAAGAAGCGAGUGGCCAGCGUCGGGGAACCCCCUGCCGCCCUCACGCAGCCGCCCACUCCGCCCCCCUGCCCCUCCCCGCGAGGGUCCUGCAAGUGGCGUGUGUACAUUUCAACUAAUUUAUUCCAAACUCAACGUGUUGAGACACAUGAACAACUGUUGCGCGGUGACUGA